UUGUUGCGUGCAUUUUUUUAUAUUCUGUGUAAAAAAGGAAAACAAAGUACAGAUUUGUUAGUAAUUAUGUGUAAAAUUGAAUAAAUAAUAAAAAUAAUAAACAAUAAUUAAAGUUUUAAUGGAGUAUUAAUAGAAAGCACAACUUAUAAAAUGGAGACAAACGAUUUAACACAACUUUCGGAAGAAUUGAUACAGCGUUUAGGCAGUGGCGGUGAUUUAGAGGGUAUGAUGUCCAGUGAGCUGUUUCAACAGGGCGAUUUAUACAUGACCAAUCAGGAUGAUAGCAACUCUAAUGUUGCCGUAGAUAAUGAAAUUAUAAUGCAUAUGGAUAUACGGGAACCAUUACGAACGCUGCAAAAACUUUUGGAGAAAAAAGUUGGCCUUAGUCUUCAAGGCUAUGAAUUCUGGUUGCAAGAUGCCCAAGAGCUUGAACCGCAUAAAAAUUUGGUAGAUCAAUGUGUCAAAGGAGAAGGUUUGGUGCAAAUUAACGUUGAAAUCAAAUACAUUAUUAAACGCAUCAAUAUAUUGGAUGUUUUAAAACCCACAGAAGAUGCAUUAGCUGCCUUAGCUGCAGAAGAAGCCUAUAAAACCGAUGCCUCUACUGAUGAUGAAAAUGCUAUGCGUGAUGAUUCUCAGGUGGCAACUGCAGAGGAAUCUAAACCCAAAAAAUUAAAACGGGAAUUAACUCUCACUUCGCCUGGCACUGCAGCCCAGAGUGAUAAACCUUGUUUAAAUUGGGUUCUGGAUAGUAAAUUUCGCAAGGAACAGUUAAAAUUAAAAAUUCCGGAGAAUCCCACUGAAUGGACUGCUGCUCAAGUGAAAUAUUGGUUUCAAUGGGCUGUACGGGAAUUUGAAUUGUCCGACGUUAAUAUCAGUGACUGGGCUAUAAGUGGAAAACAAUUAUGUGCCUUGACACAUGAAGAUUUUCGCAAGAAAGUUCCUAAAGAUCCUGGUAAUAUUUUUUGGACUCAUCUACAAUUACUAAAGGAAUGUAAAUUUGUAUCGGUGGUUCACAAGGCAGCAGAAAUUGAACAAAAGCCGGCUGUCAAAAGACCACUUCCAGAACCAAUAACUUUAAACAUAGUGCCGCCCGUUGCCAGAGAGCCCAAAAUUAUGCGUAAAACAUUCCAUAAUUUGAAAAAGGAAGCCAUUUUACAUGAAACCCUAAAUGCUGCUGCUCACAAUCUUAGCUCGACCAGUGUUUUGACACAUAACUCUUAUGGCGUUGGUUCCGGCAACAAUGGCCAAGUGCAGUUGUGGCAAUUUCUUUUGGAAAUUUUAACAGAUCGUGAACAUGUCGACAUUAUACAGUGGGUCGGUAAUGACGGUGAAUUUAAGCUGUCCGAUCCCGAACGUGUGGCACGUUUGUGGGGCGAAAAGAAAAAUAAACCAGCCAUGAAUUAUGAAAAACUUUCGAGAGCUCUACGUUACUACUAUGAUGGUGAUAUGAUAUCUAAAGUGUCUGGCAAACGUUUCGCCUAUAAAUUCGAUUGCGAUUUGAAGCUAUUGAUUGGCUAUACUGCCGCGGAACUAUCGGCCUUGGUUAAUGAAAAACAAUUUGACGAAACCGUUUAUCUAGAGCAGAUGGAUAUGAAAACAGACGAGGAAUGACACUGGGUAAAGGUGAAAGAAGAACCAUUAUUUACUAUAUUCGAAGAACAUGUUGUGGAUAGUAAAAGAGAAUUACAACCGGAUUAAAGAAUGAAUUCAUUUACUUUAUAAUUACAUAUAUAUAAUUAGAUAUAUAUAUAUUACUUUUUGUUUCAAUUA